CUGCCGCUGGGCCCGAGAGAUGGGUGCUCGCCGAGGCGCCCCCUCCCCUGGCAGGGGCCGAGGACGCUGCUGCUGCGCAAGAAUCUCCAGGACGGCUUUGGCUUCACCCUGCGCCACUUCAUCGUGUACCCGCCUGAGUCGGCCGUGCACUGCAGCCUGAAGGAGGAGGAGAAUGGAGGCCGCGGAGGAGGACCCUCCCCCCGGCACCGCCUGGAGCCCAUGGACACCAUCUUUGUCAAGAACGUGAAGGAUGAUGGCCCUGCCCACAGGGCGGGGCUUCGCACGGGAGACCGGCUGGUGAAGGUGAAUGGGGAGAGCGUCAUAGGGAAGACCUACUCCCAGGUCAUAGCUCUGAUCCAGAACAGCGACGACACUCUGGAGCUAUCCAUCAUGCCCAAGGAUGAGGACAUCCUCCAGCUGGCUUACUCGCAGGACGCCUACCUGAAAGGGAACGAGCCGUAUUCUGGAGAGGCCCGCAGCAUCCCCGAGCCGCCCCCCAUCUGCUACCCCCGCAAGACCUAUGCCCCGCCGGCCCGGGUCUCCGCCUGGGCCACUAUGGUGCCUGAGCCUGUCUCAGUGCUGCCCAGCGACCCCCGGAGUCCUGCUGCCUGGAGUGACCCGGGGCUGGGCCAGGAGGGCUGGCAUCGAGCUCGCUCGGAUGACUACCUGAGCCGGACCACCCGCUCAGCGGAGGCCCUGGGGCCGGGGGCGCUGGUGUCUCCGCGCUUCGAGCGCUGUGGUUGGGCUCCCCAGCGUCCAUCUGCCCGCACCCCUGCCUGCGCAUCUCGGGACCUGCCGGGGCCGCAGGCCCCACCACCAUCUGGCCUGCAGGGCCUGGACGAUGUCGGGUACGUCGGCUACCGCAGCUACAGCCCGUCCUUCCAGCGCCGCACGGGCCUCCUGCACGCCCUCUCCUUCCGGGACUCGCCCUUCGGGGGGCUGCCCACCUUCAGCUUGGCCCAGUCUCCGUUCCCGCCAGAGGCCUCCGAACCGCCCAGGGUUGGCCGGCCAGAACCCACCACCCGGGCCCUGGAGACUCCCAUCGAGGAUCGCCAAGACGAGGUGGUCCUGAGGCAGAAGCCCCCGACGGGCCGCAAGGUCCAGCCCGCCCCUGCAAGACAGAUGAACCUUGGACUCGGUGACGAGUCCUCAGAACCAGAGGCCAGCGGGCGAGGGGAGCGCCCAGGCAGGAAGGUGGCCCCUUUGGCUGCUACCGAAGACUCUCUGGCUUCCAUUCCCUUCAUUGAUGAGCCCACCAGCCCCAGCAUCGACCUCCAAGCCAAGCACGUCCCCGCCUCUGCCGUGGUCUCCAGUGCCAUGAACUCUGCCCCGGCCCUGGGCACCAGCCCGUCCUCCCCAACCUUCACUUUCGCCCUCGGCCGCCAUUACUCACAGGACUGCAGCAGCAUCAAGGCGGGCCGCCGUUCCUCCUACCUGCUGGCCAUCACCACGGAGCGCUCCAAGUCCUGCGACGAUGGGCUCAACACCUUCCGCGACGAGGGCCGGGUCCUGCGGCGCCUGCCAAACCGUGUGCCCAGCCUGCGGAUGCUGCGAAGCUUCUUCACCGAUGGGUCCUUGGAUAGCUGGGGCACCUCGGAAGAUGCUGACGCCCCUUCUAAGCGACACUCAACCUCUGACCUCUCAGACGCGACCUUCAGCGAUAUCAGGAGAGAAGGCUGGUUGUAUUAUAAGCAGAUCCUCACCAAGAAGGGGAAG